AGACUGAAGGAACUGAAACAGAGGGAGUUUGCUCGAAACGUAGCAUCUAAGUCACGAAAAGAUGAAAGAAAGCAGGAAAAAGCCCUUCAACGCUUGCACAAACUAGCUGAGCUGAGGAAAGAGAGAACGUGUGCUCCUGGAAGUGGCCCUAUGUUCAAAUCCACUACAGUGACUGUGAGAGAUCACUGCAAUGAUGUCCCCAAAAGUGCUGCCAUAGAUUCUGCCACCAACCAGGAUUUCAGCUGUGCGUUAAUGCCCGACGUGCAGAAUUGCAAAGACGUUGCCUCUCUUGUUUCUUCCACUCCUGGAGAUGUGUGUAGUAAUAAAUCUGACACUAACAAAGGUGGAGAUCAGCUUCAAGGAGCUCAAGGACAUAGAGUUGGGUUCUCCUUUGCUUUUCCUAAGAAAGCAGCAGUCAAACUGGAGUCUUCAGCUGCCGUUUUCUAUGAAUAUAAUGAUGAAACAUCCAUGGAGCACGGAUUUAGCAGAAGGAGUAGGUUUGUUCCAGGAACGUGUAACCUUCAGUCUCCUUCAGCAGCAGAAAUAAUUGUGUGCCCUGAGGAGAAACAUAACUGUUUUCACCCACUGGUGGAAAAAUGCGGAGACGCAGCAGAAGCUCCUGAAGCUCAGGAGUCAAAAGAGCUGGGCAGUGAAGAAAGCAAAGUGCUGGAGAUUCCAGCAUUAACUCCUGCUGUGUCCCAGUCAAAGCAACUGGUGUCCUCGGACACGGAUGGCUCUGGUAUGGAUGUAAGUGCAGCAGAGUUACCAGACCAAAUGCUGACCACGGUUGUGGACAGUGCUCAGGUCCUGCCCUUGGAUGGCAGCGGAUGUGAGCUGCAGGCAAGCAGGGUUCUUGCGCAGGUGGUUGUGGAGGAUUGUUUAUCUCUGCAGGAUGUUGUGGAGGAAAACAAUAAAGACAGGAAUAGUGAUCCAUCCACAACUGGAACUGCAAUAAAAAACGUGGGGACAGAUGCAGUAGUUCCAUCACCUUCUGAAGAAGGUAGUAGUGGAGCCCCACAAGGCAAACCGGACGUGCGCAAGAGACCUUGUGAGCCCUUUGUCCCUGUUCUUAGCAAAUAUGGAUCAAAUGUUCUUCAGUGGCCGUCAGAAAUGUUAAUUUACACAAGUACAGACCCAUCGAUUUCUUAUAGCUGUAAUCCUUUAUAUUUUGAUUUUAAGUCAUCAAAAACAAGUGACAGCCAAGAAAAGCCCAAGCAUCAACCAAGCAUACCUCAUGUGCACCCUAAAACUGAAUCUGACCAUGUCUUAGUCUCGGAUUUUACAAACAAAACUACUUCAGAGUGUGGUGAUUAUGAAGAAGUGAAUAAAAAUGUGUGCAACUAUACAAUCCCCCUUUUAACUGAUGUUUCUCUCUUCAGAAAUUGUGACCUUGCAAAAAAUCAAAACAAAGUGUCCUUGGAUGAGUCAUUCAGGAUUAGAAAAAUAGAAAAGUAUCACAUAUCUAAAACCCACUUACGACAAAACACUGUGAUAGAUGAGAAAUAUAACAAAAUCUGGAUCAAAGAAAGCCACGAAAAAUGCCUUCACAAAAGCAGAAAACGGAAAAGGAGAAGAAAAUUAUGUCAUUGCCAUCAUCAUCACUAUGGGGACACAACAGCAGCAGAAAUGGAGAUGUCUCCAGCAACUGAAAAAGAUACUGCUUACAGAGAUGAAAAUAAGUAUCAACACCUCCAAAGUAAUGCAGAGAAGUGCAGACAUGAUGCAGGGAAUAUCUGGUUAACUGCAGGUGAGAUACAGCAGUCACACCCAAAACUCGUAAUUGAAAAUGGUCACAAGAGAGUCAUAUCUGCAUCAGAUCACAUACACUGGGACAGAGGCUGGUGUGACUUUUGGAGUGCAAAAAAUAGUGGCCAACACCAUGGUUGUAAACGGCCACACAGAAAGAGCAAAACAAGUUCUCGGAGACAGGCAAAGCAGCUGGUGCCGAGCUCUAGGAGGCACAGCCUGAGAUACUCUAAAACAUGUUGUAGCUGGAAAGUCAGGAGGUCAAGCUGUAGCCCAGAGCAUAAAUGUUUAGGACAAUACAGUGAAGAGAAGGGUCUGAGUCAAAACCAGUCCGUAAAGAGAGGUUACAAUGCUUUGACAGAAGAACCUGCAAAAUCCCACCACAAGCGGAGACAGCACACCGAUUCUUCUUCUUCAGAUGAAAGCUCAUGUGACCAGGCAUUAUCAGCAGAGGAAUAUUUAAGGCAAGCACAUACUUUAGGUACAUACCAUAAGGCAAAAGGGAAACGCAGGAGAAGGAAAACUAGAAUCUAUCCUGUUUUCCUUGACAGGAAUGCAAGAAGUGAGACCUCUGGACCUUCCAAAGAAAAUUCUGCAAAUUCUACAUCUAAUAUUUUGGAGGACUUACUGACUCAAGACAAUCUAGAGGAAACUAAUGCAGAUCCCAAACCUGAUCACACAAAAGAUACAGAUGAAACAAUGGAGCUGGAGGAAAGCAAAUCAUCUCUAGAAACUGAUAGUUCACAUGUGCUGGAAAAUGACAAACUGACAGUGUGUGCAGCGAUGGAGAGCGCACCGAGUACAUAUUCUGAUGUCAUCCCAGCUUCUGCUGCUUCUGUUCCUGAGCACAGUGCUCCAGCAGCUGCUGGCACACAGGAUGUUCUACAAGAUGAAAAGAAAAAAGAAAAUGUCAACAGUCGUGAAAAUCAAGCUCGUUACAAAGCUCCUCUCCCCAACAGGCAUUUGGAACAAGCUCCUCCUAAGUCCUAUCUUUGCCAUUAUGAAUUGGCCGAGUCUCUACCGCAUGAGAAGAUGAGUGAGGUGACCAGUGAGUGGGUGCAGUGUAAUCCUGGCAUAUUCAGCAGCCCACCACCCUUGCCAUUCAAAGAAGCACAUGUAAACAGUCACACCUUUUUAACUACCGAACAGUUAAUAGCCCCCUUCCCCCUGCCCGAUCAGACAUUGAUCUUCCCUCCUGAUAGCCACGAAAAGUUCAAAGAGCUCCCAUCCGAGGCGUAUCAGCAGAUCAUGCCACAGAACCUGCUGUCCAACAAAGUGAAGUUCGCCUUCCCUCCGCCGGCGAUGCAGCCCCCGAGUGCCCCUCUGCAGCCCUUGCCCUUGCAGCCACCGCUGUGUUCUACCUCCGUCACCACCAUCCACCACACCAUCCUGCAGCAGCACGCUGCUGCCGCCGCCGGCACCUUGAAGGUUCUCCAGCCCCACCAGCAGUUCCUCUCACAGGUCCCAGCUCUUUCCAGAGCACCUUUACCUCAUCUACCUGUAGGACCGAGGCUGUGCCCAGGAGGCCACGCAGCCUUCGUUGCCCCUCCGCACUUGCCGCUGCUCCCGCCCUCAGUCCUGCACCCGACCCAGCUGGCGUUCCCCCCACUGCCGCACACUGUCUUCCCGUCCCUGCUGUCCCCACAUCCAGCUGUCAUCCCCCUGCAGCCCCUCUUUUAG